AUGUCCGGUCGCCAAGGUGGUAAGAUGAAGCCUCUGAAGCAAAAGAAGAAGCAACAACAGGACUUGGAUCCUGAAGAAGUUGCCUUCAAAGAGAAGCAAAAGGCCGAUGCUGCCGCUAAGAAAGCUUUGAUGGCUAAUAUGAAAAGCGGUAAACCUUUAGUCGGUGGUGGUAUCAAAAAAUCUGGUAAGAAAUAA